AUGAAGACUUCCACUCUCUGUACCAUUGCCUUUUCAGCCACGGCCCUGGCGGUUCCGGUGUCCGUGACUACCAGUGAUCACGGACUGGCUGACCCCGUCCCUGCCCAUGCUCCAGAGGGUAAGGUCCAUGCUCGCCUGCAGUCUCGUACCUUUUUCCCUAUGGGUGGCUUAUGCCCCCCAUGUGGUGAGGAAGGAGCCAGCCUGAAAGCUCGCACCUUUCUCCCUUUAAUUCAGGGCUUGAUAGGGCACAAGAUGGAUAAGUUCGGUCUCUGCUCGCCGUGUGAUACCAACACCAACAUAAAUGACAAUUCGAACUCCAAUGACAACUCUAAUACAAACAACAAUUCCAAUGAGAAUACAAACAACAACUCCAACACGAACAACAAUUCCAAUACCAAUAACAAUAACAAUUCCAACACCAACACGGUGACCAACAACAUUAAUGGUGGAACUCCUCCCGGAGGUACUCCCCCUACUGAGGGUAUGCCUCCCAUUGAUGGCAUGCCUCCCACCAGCGGCACCCCUCCCACAGGUGGUAUUCCUCCUACUGGCGGUAACCCCCCAACUGGAAGCACCCCUCCCACUGAGGGUAUGCCUCCAACUGGUGGCAUUCCUCCCACUGGCGGUACGCCCCCGACUGGCGGUACCCCCCCUACCGGCGGUAUGCCUCCCACUGGAAGUACUCCUCCUACUGGUGGUACUCCUCCCACUGGGGGUACUCCUCCUACUGGUGGUACCCCCCCUACCGGUGGUACCCCUCCCACUGAGGGUAUGCCUCCCACUGGUGGUAUUCCUCCCACUGGCGGUACUCCCCCAAGUGGCGGUACUCCCCCUACCGGCGGUAUGCCUCCCACUGGAAGUACUCCUCCUACUGGUGGUACUCCUCCCACUGGGGGUACUCCUCCUACUGGUGGUACCCCCCCUACCGGUGGUACCCCUCCCACUGAGGGUAUGCCUCCCACUGGUGGUUGCGAAGGUGACAACUCAUGCCCUCCUGCAACCGGUGGAAACACGUCUGGAGACAACAGCAACACCACUGGCAGCAAUACGGAAACCAACAAGGGAGGCAGUAACUCUUCUAGCUCUUCCAGCUCUUCCAGUUCUUCUUCCUCGAGCAGCUCUUCGUCUUCUAGUACUGGCGGAACUCCCGGAUGCGCUGAAUGCGAAGCUCCCCCUCCCGCGGACUGCGAAGACUUCGAAUAA